CUUCUUGCUUCCUUCACUCGCAACAUCCUCGCCAUGGUCUUGUUCUUCACGUCGAAUUCUCAUAACCCACCGGUGACCUUGUAUAUGGGCAAGGACAAAGUCGAAAAUGAGGACUUGAUCAAAUACGCAUGGCCGCAAGAUGUUUGGUUCCACGUCGACAAGCUCUCCUCCGCACACGUGUAUCUCCGCAUGCCGGACGGCAUGUCAUGGGAAGACAUUCCUCAAGCGCUGCUCACGGACUGUGCACAGCUCGUCAAGGCGAACUCAAUCGAAGGGAACAAGAAGGAGAACCUGACGAUUAUCUAUACCCCUGCUGACAAUCUGAAGAAAACCGGAGACAUGGCUGUCGGCCAAGUCUCGUUUCACAGCGACAAGAGAGUCAAGCGAGUACAUGUCGCGAAGCGCGAGAAUCCCAUUGUCAACCGGCUGAACAAGACGAAGGUCGAGCGUCAGGUUGAUCACGAGGCAGAGAAAGUCGAGCGCCUCAAGAAGGAGAGCGCGGCGCGGCGAGCAGCUGCAGCAGCGAAGGUAGGUCGCUUACCUCCCAUCAAUGGAUAUAUACCAUCAUUCACGCUCUCACAGAAGAAGACCGACCUCGAACUCGCGCGCGAGCGCGAGGCCCAAAAGAAAGCGUGGUCAUACGACUCUUUAUUCAGCGGCGAACCAGGCUCGGACGACGAGCAGGAAAGACUAACAGGCAAGGCACUAGAAGAAGACUUCAUGUAA